AUGAGGUCCUUGUUCUUUACCCUAGCGGCGCCAUUCUUGCCCUUGGCCGCCAGCAUCCCUCAUCGUAUCCAGGACGAUGCCGACCCUUUCUGCCCCAGGCCAGUUGAGACGCGGCCCAUCUACCAGUUCCCCAAUGGCACCUGGGCGGAGAACAUCGCCGUGCGCACCAACGGCAAUAUCCUCGUCACGGUGCUCAGCGAGCCCGCCAUCUACGAGGUCAACCCGUACAAGAAGCCCGUCACGUCCAGGCUCGUGCACCGGUUCCCCGAGUACAGCAGCCUCUUUGGCAUUGCCGAGGUCGCGACCGAUGUCUUCGCCGUGGCCAUGGGCAACUUCUCGCUGCGGUCGGCCCCGAAGCCGGGCUCCUGGGCCGUGUGGAAAGUGGACCUCAACGACGACGAGGCCUCUGUGUCAAAGGUCGCGAGCAUUGCAGAGGCGGAGCUUCUCAACGGCAUGACGGUGCUCGACAGGCACACGCAGACCAUUCUGUGCGCAGACAGCGUCCUGGGCGUCGUGUUCCACGUCAACACGGUGACGGGCGCGUACCACGUUGCGAUGCAGGACGACGCCUUCAAGCCCCCGAGCGGCACCAUCUUCCCUCUCGGAAUCAACGGCAUCCGUUACCAGCGCCCGUAUAUGUACUUUACCAACACCUUCGCGCAAGACUUUGGUCGCGUGCCCGUCAACUGCAUCGACGGCACGGCGACGGGACCGGUCGAGCUGGUUAACAGCGAUGUCGGCUACGACCUCGACGACUUUGCCCGCGACAAGAGAGGCAACGCAUACAUUUCGGCCGGUUACACUAGUGACAUCGUCUGCGUCGGCAACAACGGCACGGCGACCUCGGUGGCCGGAGGCCCCGACCAGAAGACCAUCCUGGGCCCGACGUCCAUGGCUUGGGGGCAGACGAAGGCGGACAAGAACAUGCUUUACAUAUCGACCUCGGGAGAUAAGUCUUCGAACACUGGUCUUGGUGGUCAGGUGGUUGCGCUGGUUAUGCCGCAAUAG